AUGGGCGAUAAAACCGAGCAAUUGCCCACGGCCAACCACUCUACACACCUGACUUGGCAGCCAAAGUUUUCCAAUUUUACUCGUAAGGCUUUCAUAUAUUUUUCUAUUGAAGAAUAAAUCGUUUUUAACACGUUGAAGACGUAAUGUUAACGCAUACACGCCGUUGGCGGAAACAACGUCGACAAACGAGUCUACGAGAAACUUUCCCUGUUAGCAUAUUCAUUUGUUCAACUGCAUAUCAAUUGGUUCUGUCUUGGCAAGCGCUAUCGCCAAUACUAUUAAAAGUCUAAACUAUAUUCCUUUGUUACUCGUACAUAAAUAAUGGCUUCCGCUGUCUGUGUGUUGUUGGGUGAAAAAGUGAAAGGCGUUUUACACUUCGAACAACAGGGGGAUAUUCUUAACAUCACCGGUGAAGUGACUGGACUUACACCUGGCGAUCAUGGGUUUCAUAUCCAUGAGUUUGGCGAUUACACCAAUGGUUGCAUGUCUGCUGGGCCACACUUUAAUCCGACUGCUUCCGAACAUGGUAGUCCAUUUGAUGAGAUCCGGCAUGUUGGGGAUUGCGGGAAUCUUGUUGCUGAUGAAUCGGGAGUCGCCAAAGUCAAUAUCAAGGAUUGUUUAAUGACACUAUCGGGUCCAUUUGGAAUAAUUGGCCGCACCGCUGUGGUGCAUGCUGAUCGUGAUGAUUUAGGAAAAGGUGGGCAUGAACAAAGCAAACUCACCGGAAAUGCUGGCGCUCGCGUUGCUUGUGGUAUUGUUGGCGUGGGAAAAUAGUUUUCCCGAUGUCAAAUUUUAUUCAUAAGAUAUUAAGUUUAUCAGAUAGCCACAAGUCAUUCAUGAAUCAAGAACGUAACUAAUUAUUUGGCUUUGCUUAUAAUCUGGAUCAAUUAAAUGUUGAAAAAUGGA